AUGAAUCUCGACAUCAUUAUUCCAAAGUGCCUUCCCUUUCAAUCGAUAGCAUUUUACUCCAUCACCAUGCCUCCACGAUUAAACAUCCUCUCCUUGGCGAGAUCGAUUCCAUACCGGCCAGCACCACAACCACAAUGGCUACCCCGGCCCAGCAUUGCACCAAAGGCUCCGCAGUUUCGAGCAUACUCCGAUUCGAAAGCACCGCAACCCCCAGCCGCCGAUCGAUCCAGUCGCAUUGAUGCAAAACCCCUCCCACAUGUUUCUGAGGAAGCUGCGCAGAUGGCGGAAAUCACUGGCUCAGAGGGUCCCGAUAUCAGUCAAGGGACACCCGUAGAUGAGGUUGUCAAAGGAGACAAGUCUGCGCAAGAGAAGUUGCCUAAAGUGAUGCAAGAUGCUCUCAAAUCCAACUCCAAUUCAGCACCAAAAGGUUCGCGCUCCUACUCGACAAUGGUCACGUCUGCUGGCGGAAGCGGUGGGCCUGACAUGGGCAUGUUGAACUUCCCGCCGUCUUCUUCGACUCCAGCCAUUCCAGGCCUUAAGUUUGAUGCUCCUACGCUUCCUCUCCCCAAGGAUGGGCACCUCAAACAUCGAUAUGAUCCGGUGGUAGAUCAAGUCAUUGGUCUUUUGAUGAGGCAUGGCAAGAAGAGUACAGCCCAGCGUGAUAUGGCAUUGGUCCUUGAACAUCUUCGAACGUCACCCAUUCCCACCGUCAACCCCGCGAAACCUCUUCUUCCGGGCGCACCUCCACCAUCGCAUCUUCCCCUUAAUCCCAUCCUGUACCUCACGCUCGCCAUCGACUCGGUUGGGCCCCUGUUCCGAAUUCGUAGCCAGAAGGGUGCGGCAGGUGGUGGUGUUGCCCUGCAAAUCCCUGUACCGCUCGGUCGGAGACAACGUAGGAGAAUAGCAAUCCAGUGGAUUUUGAAAGCUGCGUCGAACAGGGCGCAAACGGGCAGUGGAAAGGGCAGCUACGCUCAGAGAGUAGCAGCAGAAUUGAUUGCCGUGGUCGAAGGAAGGAGCGGGGUUUGGGAGAAGAGGAACGCGAUUCACAAGCUGGGUGUGUCCGUCCGAGCCAAUAUCGUGCUUCCAAAGAAGAGAUGA